AUGGAGAUACGAUGGCUAGUGAAGAGAUACUGUGUUUAUGUAAUGUCAGGAAUUUCUUGUCAUUCUUUAGAAGCACAAUUCUCUGUCUUGCCACUUCAAGAGCCAACUUCUCGUGCACAGAGACACAAGGUUGUGUCUUCGUGCGUGCACGAAGACACGAUGGCUAGUGAAGAGAUAUUGUGUUUAUGUAAUGGCAGGAAUUUCUUGUCAUUCUUUAGAAGCACAAUACCCUGCCUUGCCGCUUCAAGAGCCAACUUGUUGUGCAUGAAGACACGCGCGCACAGAGACACGAUGGCUAGUGAAGAGAUACCGUGUUUAUAUAAUGGCAGAAAUUUCUUGUCAUUCUUUAGAAGCACAAUACCCUUCCUUGCCACUUCAAGAGCCAACUUCUUGUGCUCUGAAGAACAUACGUAUCGUAACUUAGCAUCUAAAGUUCCAAACCCUCUUGACUAG